AUGCCUGCGCCCGUCGAGCUGUCGAGCUCUAAGAAGCGCAAGAGCUCCAAAAAUGGCGCCCCGUCGUCCAAGCGCCGCGCGGUGGCCGAGGACAACUUCACCGAGACCUUGUCUACUAUUCAAGACCUCGAAACCCAGAUUGCCGAGUCACGAAAGCACUACAACAAUAUUGUGACCCUGAUUUCGAUGAUGAAGGUCGAGGACAACGCCAAAGAGCCCGAACUUGCUGCUGCGGUUUCCCUGUGCCGAGUCUUCAGCCGAUUGAUCGCCGCCGGGAAUUUCAUCGAAUCGAACCGCGCCGCCGAGAACGAGAAAAUCAUUGUCGCAUGGCUAAAGGAACGUUGCUUGGAGUACCAGCGAGGUCUUAUGGCGAUUAUUCGGGAGGCAGACACCACUUCCCAGGUCACUGCGUUGACUCUGGCUAUGCGUCUGGUGAAGGAGCGCAUUACCCAUAUCCCCGGGGCUGAGAACAACAUCUGGGCAACUUUGUUCAAGGAUAUUGUUGAAGCGGUCGUGGAAGCUCAAGACGGACAAGAUCUUCAGACAGAGUUUGUAAACAAGUUUGCGAAGGAGUAUGAGGAUGUGCGGUACUUCACGUUCACACACCUUUCUGAGUACGCCGAUGUGCGACGGAGUCACGAAAUUAUCGAUAGCAUAAUUGCGAUCCUUUCUGCUUGCGAGGAAGUCCCUGCCGCUGACCACGAAUUCGAAACCUUUUUCGUCCCUCGGGAGAACAAGUCCAAGCAACUGAAUUCCGCCAGCUCCCACAAGAAGCGCGCACAGGAGGCGUGGCUGGCUAUUCUCCGGAACGACCUAUCUCAGCCUCAACGGAAAUCCCUCCUACGAAUUAUGGUCCACCAUAUUGAGCCGUGGUUUAGCCGACCAGAGUUGCUGAUGGACUUCUUGACGGACUCGUACAAUGCGGGCGGGGCCACCUCCCUCCUUGCUCUCUCCGGUCUGUUCUAUCUGAUCCAAGAGAAGAACCUGGACUACCCUCAAUUCUACUCAAAACUCUACUCCCUCUUGGACGCCGACCUCCUCCACUCGAAGCAUCGAUCCCGUUUCUUCCGUCUCCUCAACACCUUCCUCGCCUCUACCCAUCUUCCGGCCGCUCUUGUGGCCAGCUUUAUAAAGCGUCUUUCGCGUCUCGCGAUUAAUGCCCCUCCAUCCGCCAUUGUCGUCAUCGUCCCGUUCAUGUACAACCUUUUCAAGAGUCACCCUACAUGCACAUUCAUGAUGCACCGAACAAUCCGGGAUAAGGACCUGGCCGCAGAAAUCGAGGAGCAUGGUAUGGACGAUCCCUUCGAUGCGGCGGAAACGGAUCCCACCCGCACCAACGCUAUUGAAAGCAGUUUGUGGGAGAUUGAAACCCUCCAAUCCCACUACCACCCCAACGUGGCAUCCAUUGCGCGCAUUAUUUCCGAGCAAUUUACAAAGCAACAUUACAACCUUGAAGAUUUCUUGGACCACACUUACCAAGGUAUGGUUCAAGCGGAACUCGGCACGGGGGAGAGGCCGCUCAAGAAGACGCCCGUUGUCGAAUACCAAAUCCCCAAGCGUAUUUUUACGGAUCGCAUGUUGGAGGAAGACGGCGGUGUCGACUCCGGUCCGGCUUCGUUCAUGCGUCGUUUGUGGGAUUUUUAG